ACCCAAAUUGCUCUCUCUCUCUCUCUCUCUCAAAAUAUCUAUCUACACCAACAUUACUCCAUUGAGACAAAGAAUGUCAUAAAAACUAAACCAGUACUUACUUUCUUCUUCUUCUUCCUCAUCUCAUAUCAUCUUUCAACAAAAAAAAGAAGAUGAACCCAUUAAUCUUUAGUAUCAGUUGAUUCUCAAAACCCCUUUUCCAGGCAUAUUUUUUUUUCAUCUGAGUUAGCUAGCUCAAAAAAAAACUGAUAAGAACACCACCAAUUAUUACGGCGAGCCUUCAAGAUGAGCAGCCUAGAAGACUCGCUACGAUCUCUAUCGUUGGAUUACCUCAAUCUGUUAAUCAACGGCCAGGCUUUCAGUGACGUCACUUUCAGCGUGGAGGGCCGGUUGGUCCACGCCCACCGGUGCAUCCUCGCCGCCCGGAGUCUCUUCUUCAGGAAAUUCUUUUGUGGGCCGGACCCUCCUCCUUCCGGGCUCGACCCUGUCACGUCACCCGGGUCGAGAUCAUCGGGUGGAUCGGGUCACGGCCACGGACACCACCACCACCAUCAUCGGGCGGGGAACACGGCGGUGAUACCGGUGAACUCCGUUGGGUACGAGGUGUUUUUGUUGCUUCUUCAGUUUUUGUACAGUGGACAAGUGUCUAUAGUGCCUCAGAAGCACGAGCCCAGGCCCAAUUGCGGCGAGAGAGGUUGUUGGCACACGCAUUGCACCUCAGCCGUUGAUCUUGCUCUUGAAACCCUCGCUGCCGCUAGAUCCUUCGGCGUUGAACAGCUCGCAUUGCUCACUCAGAAGCAAUUGGCGAGUAUGGUAGAAAAGGCUUCAAUUGAAGAUGUCAUGAAAGUUUUACUAGCCUCGAGAAAGCAAGACAUGCACCAACUAUGGACCACUUGCUCUCAUCUCGUCGCCAAAUCGGGUCUGGCGCCGGAAAUUCUAGCCAGACACCUUCCGAUCGACGUCGUUGCGAAGAUCGACGAGCUUCGCCAAAAAUCCUCUUUCGCUCGCCGCUCCUUAAUCCCUGGCCACCAUCAUCACCACCAUCACCACCACCACGAUCUCGGUGCAGCAGCAGACCUCGAAGACCAGAAGAUACGCCGAAUGCGGCGGGCUUUAGACUCCUCCGACGUCGAACUAGUCAAGCUCAUGGUAAUGGGAGAAGGCCUAAACCUAGACGAGGCAUUGGCAUUGCAUUACGCCGUGGAGAGUUGUAGCCGAGAAGUGGUGAAGGCCUUGCUAGAGCUCGGAGCUGCUGAUGUGAACUACCCGGCUGGUCCCGCCGGCAAAACCCCACUUCACAUUGCGGCUGAGAUGGUGUCCCCAGACAUGGUGGCUGUCCUACUCGACCACCAUGCUGAUCCCAAUGUCCGAACAGUCGAUGGCAUCACUCCUCUCGACGUGCUCCGAACCCUAACUUCGGAUUUUCUAUUCAAGGGUGCAGUGCCAGGCCUGACUCACAUCGAGCCAAACAAGCUCAGGCUUUGCCUCGAGCUCGUUCAGUCUGCUGCCCUAGUUCUCUCUCGAGAAGAAGGCAACAAUUGUAAUGAAAAUAAUAACAACAACAAUGAUCCGCCGUCGACGGCGAUUUUUCCACCGUUGAGUGACGAUCAUAGUAGUAGUAGUAACAGCGGGAACAUAGCCAGUCAAAUGGGAUCGAGAAUGAAUUACCUUAAUCUUGGAGCUAGUCAAAUGGGAUCGAGAAUGGAAGGAACUGAUGAUGAGAGCAGCCACAAUAGCCAGAGGGAUCAUCAUCAUCACCAUCAUCAUCAUCAACAACAACAAGCCAUGAACCCAACAAUGUAUCACCACUCUCAUGACUACUGAAACUCUCUCAAUAUAUAUAUUUAUAUCAAUCGUAUUUAAAUUAUUAAUCUCUCUCUCUCUCUUUCCCUAUCAUUAUAUAUAUAUAAGUUUUAAUUAUAUAUUCUCUUGGAUUGUGGAAAUUAAUGGAUCAGCAAGAGUUCAUUAUGAAAUUAAAUUUUUUUUUCUU